AUGCUUCCCUUCCCCCAGAUUCCCACCUUUCAAUUUCCCUUCUCAACUUCUAGAUGGCUUCCUCUCCCAGCCUCUAGCCACCCUCCACUCCCCUCUCCACUUGCAACCUCCAGGACCAUCUUCUCUGCUACCUCCUGCUCCUGGGACCAAACAACACCAUUUUUGUGGUUAGCUCCUUCUUGCCAACCAAUCGUGAGCUCCCAGAUUCAUCAGAACUAUUCUACCGAGGUGGAGGCAGCUGUCAACUGCCUGGUCAAUUUGCAUACGUGGGCUUCCUACACCUACUUCUCUCUGGGCUUCUAUUUCCGCCAUGACGAUGUGGAUCUGGAAGGUGUGCACCACUUCUUCCACAAAUUGGCCAAGGAGAAGCACAAGGGCGCUGAGUGUCCCUUGAAAAUGCAAAACCAGUGUGGCGGCCGCACUGUCUUCCAGGACAUCCAGAAGCUGUGUCAAGAUGAAUGGGGUAAAACCUUGGGUGCGAUGGAAGUCACUCUGGCCCUGGAGAAGAACCUGAACUGGGCCCUUUUGGAUCUUCAUGCCUUGGGUUCCGCCUGCACAGACCCCCAUAUCUGUGACUUCCUGGAGAGCCACUUCCUAGAUGAAAAAGUGAAACUCAUCAAGAAGAUAGGUGACCACCUGACCAACCUUCACAGGCUGGCCGGCCUCCAGGCCGGGCUGGGCAAAAAGGGUCACCCUCAGGCACACAGGAGACUACCAAACCCAGCGACAUCUGAAGAGCCCUGCUGUGCCUAAGCCUCUCCC